UGAAAAUAAUGUUUGUGUGAAGCGUGAAGAUUGUAACGUGGCGGAGUUAGUACCUGUGGAGGGAUGUAGUGUGUGUGUGGCAGUGAGAGAUCAGCAGGCCUUAGAGAUGUGACGUCUCCGUUGAUCAUAUCGUAGAUGAUGGACUUCACUAGUGAUGUGAAACAAGGCUAGUCGUCGUUGAUGUAAACGGUGGAUUUGAUUAAAGAUGCCAGAGAUGAAUGGGGAGAAGGACCACGAGAUAAUCACUGUGGAGGCCAGUCAUCACAGUCACUGCCUCCUGCAGCCAGAGAUCGGAGGUGGGAGAUCGAAGAACUUAACACCAAAGAGGUUGGGUGUCGAAGAAUCACUGGACACACAUUCGAGUGGAUUCAAAACCACAGGAAAACCAUCAGGAGACUCGCGCCCUGCUGACACCCUUCUCUUCGGGGCUGAUGGCUUUGUGGUGGACGUUGGGAGGACAACAGUGAAUGGUGGCAGGACACCUGAUAGGUGUCCAUCAAUGGAGUCCUCGACACUAUCUCCCGUCGCUGAUCCUUCCAAACCACAGAACGGUACUCAGCACCCAUUCCAGACACUGAAUACCAUUGAGCACCCUUCACAAUCACUAAGCCCCACUCAGCAGCCGUCACAGCCAUUGAGCGCCUCCCAGAACUCACUUAAGAACUUUGAGCUUAGCACUAUGGCCCAAGGAGCGUUAGAGGUCCAAGACAUUGGGGAGAGACUCAAGAAUAGCAGCAGCAGCCCAUCUCAUGUGACAGAUUCAGGAAGUUGGCUGGGGUCAGUAGUGGUGGCACUCCCAGGUGAGGGUUGGAGGUGCAGUGUGGUGCAGGGGAAGGUGAACAUCUACGAGACAGCUGAAUUAAGGGAACAUGCAGCCUUCAGGCACUAUACUGCUGGAGGAGUCAGCGUGGUCGUCCACCCGGAGAGUGGAGUUCAAGAUGGCACCUGGAAGCCUACCCUGCAAGACUCCGACAGUGUUGACUUCCUCACAGCUAAAGCGGGUGACUACAUAUGGAUCGAACCGGUGUCUCGACGAGAGUUUGAUGUAGCCAUCGGUGCCAGGGUGGUCAGUGCUGAAGGUCGACGUAUCCAGGUGCAGGACGACGACGGUCAGGAACAAUGGCUGACACCGGAACGAAGAAUCAAAGCAAUGCACCCCACCUCAGUGCAGGGGGUCGAGGACAUGAUCUCUCUAGGGGACCUCCACGAGGCUGGCAUUCUUCGCAACCUUCUUAUCAGAUACAACGAGAAUCUCAUCUAUACAUAUACAGGCUCCAUCCUGGUGGCAGUAAAUCCUUACCAGAUCCUGCCCAUCUACACAGUGGACCAGAUCAAACUGUAUCGGGGCAAGAAGAUAGGAGAACUCCCACCGCACAUCUUUGCCAUUGGUGACUCCUGCUACAACAACAUGAGACGCUUCAAGCAAGACCAAUGUAUUGUUAUCAGUGGAGAAUCUGGUGCAGGGAAGACAGAAAGCACCAAGCUCAUCCUCCAGUACUUGGCAGCCAUCUCAGGAAAACAUUCUUGGAUUGAACAACAAAUCCUCGAGGCCAAUCCUAUUCUGGAAGCUUUCGGAAAUGCCAAGACAAUCCGGAAUGACAACUCCUCGCGCUUUGGUAAAUAUAUUGACAUCCACUUCACAAAAGAUGGAGUGAUUGAGGGGGCGUCCAUCGAGCAGUACCUCCUGGAAAAGUCUCGUCUUGUCUCACAGGGUGCUGACGAGAGAAACUAUCACAUAUUCUACUGCAUGCUGGCUGGUAUGACCCGUGAGGAGAGGCAGAAACUAGAACUGACCGAUGCAUCGCAGUAUAAAUAUCUCAUUGGAGGAGGCAGCAUUACUUGUGAGGGGCGAGAUGAUGCCCGGGAAUUUGCUGACAUUCGCUCUGCCAUGAAAGUCUUGAUGUUUAGUGAUUCUGAGGUGUGGGAGAUAAUGAAGAUCCUUGCUGCCAUUUUGCACAUGGGCAAUGUCAAAUUUAAGGGAAAAGUUAUUGAUAACUUAGAUGCAUCAGAGAUCCCAGACACAACUUCAAUGGUGCGAGUAGCGAGGUUCUUGGGUGUAGAGCCACGUGCCAUGAAGGAAGCCCUUACUACCCGCACUAUCUUCGCACAGGGUGAAACUGUGGUAUCUCAUCUGAGUCAUAGUCAAGCCACAGAUGUUAGAGAUGCAUUCGUGAAGGGCAUUUAUGGACGGCUCUUUAUCUGGAUUGUGAGCAAAGUAAAUGCAGCUAUCUUCAAGCCUCAGACAUCAUUCAGAACGUCCAUUGGUGUCCUGGACAUUUUCGGCUUUGAAAAUUUCAAAACGAACAGUUUUGAACAGUUCUGCAUCAACUAUGCCAAUGAAAACUUGCAACAGUUUUUUGUUCAGCACAUCUUCAAGUUGGAACAAGAGGAAUAUAACUCUGAGAACAUCAACUGGCAACACAUAGAGUUCGUAGAUAACCAAGACACACUUGACCUGAUUGCCAUUAAACAGCUCAAUAUUAUGGCACUCAUUGAUGAGGAAUCCAAAUUUCCAAAGGGCACUGACCAGACAAUGCUGCAGAAACUACACAAGCAACACUCAAGACACAAACAAUAUCUUAAACCCAAGUCAGACCUCAAUGCCUCAUUUGGCAUCAACCACUUUGCUGGUGUUGUCUUCUAUGACACCCGAGGAUUCCUAGAAAAGAACAGAGACACAUUCAGCGCUGACUUGUUACAGCUCAUCCACAACACCUCUAACAAAUUCCUGCAGCACCUCUUUGUUGAAGACAUAGGAAUGGGCUCGGAGACGAGGAAGAGAGCACCAACGCUGUCUGCUCAGUUUAAGAAGUCACUUGACAUGCUCAUGAAGACACUUCUCUCUUGCCAACCUUUCUUCAUCCGAUGCAUCAAGCCCAAUGAAUAUAAAAAGCCAAUGCUGUUUGAUCGAGAGCUGUGUUGCCGCCAAUUACGAUACUCUGGCAUGAUGGAAACUAUCAGAAUUCGACGAGCUGGGUAUCCCAUCCGUCACACCUUCAGGGAGUUUGUUGAAAGAUAUCGCUUUCUCAUUAAUGGCUGCCCUCCUGCACACAAGGUAGACUGUCAGGCUGCCACAAGCAAGAUUUGCCAGCAAGUGUUGGGUCGUGCAGACUACCAGCUUGGACACACUAAAGUCUUCCUCAAAGAUGCCCAUGAUCUCUUCCUUGAACAAGAGCGAGAUAGAGUUCUAACUAAGAAGAUCACAAUUCUACAGCGAUGUGUUCGUGGAUGGUACUACAGGAGAAGGUUCCAGAAAAUGCGAGAAAGUGCUAUCAUCAUUCAGAAGUACUACCGUGCCCACUCCCAGAAAAGGCGCUACCAAAACAUGCGGGUGGGCUACAUGCGACUCCAGGCACUCAUUCGCUCCAGAGUCGUCUCUCAUCGCUUCAGGCACCUUCGUGGCCAUAUUGUAUCCUUACAGGCUCGGUGCCGAGGAUAUCUGGUACGAAGAGAGUUCCAGUGCAAGAUGUGGGCAGUAACUAAAAUCCAGGCCCAAGUGAGAGGGUUAAUAGCACGUCGACAGUAUCGCAAGUUGAAGAUGCGAGUGGAAGCUGCAAAACUGAAAGAAGAGGAAGAAAGAGCACUGAGAAAACAAAUGGACAAGCAUAAGGCCAAAGAAAUAGCAGAUAUGAAAUAUAGGGAACGCAUACUGGAGAUGGAGCUGGAGGAGGAGCAGCGUGCACUGGAGGAGCGAGAGCUGAUGGAACGCAAGAGAGCUCAGGUGCAAGAGGCCGUGAGGCAGAGAGAUGAGCCAGUUGAUCACUCAGAGUUGUUGGAAAGUAUGUUUAACUUCAUCCCAGACUCUGCCUCAGAAACUCAUGCUCCUCCAUCGGCAUUCAAGGACCUACCCCAUGGUGGAAGUGGAACAGUGUCAGUAGAUGACAUCUUUUCAGGAAUACCUCGUCCUCCUGGUGAUGAGGAUGAGGAUCUCUCAGAGUACAAAUUCCAGAAGUACGCUUCCACAUACUUCCAAGGUAAUGUCAACCACCAGUAUUCGAGGAAGCAGUUGAAGCAGCCUUUACUGCAGCUCCAGACACAAGGAGACCAGUUGGCUGCCUUAGCUCUGUGGAUUACUAUACUGCGCUUCAUGGGUGACAUGGCUGAACCCAAGUACCACAUGAUGGACAGAGACAAUACCUCAGUCAUGUCUAAAGUUUCAGCCACCCUCGGCAGGAAUUUCAUCAAAAGCAAGGAAUUUCAGGAGGCUCAGAUGAUGGGCAUGGAUCCUGUUAUGUACAUGUCUCAGAAGAACCGUAGCAUCCGUCACAAGCUGGUAUCGCUCACUCUGAAGAGGAAGAACAAGCUGGGUGAUGAUGUCCGCCGCCGUCUGCAGGAAGACGAGUACACAGCUGAGAGCUACUCUUCCUGGCUGGACUCCAGACCAACCUCAAACUUGGAAAAACUGCAUUUUAUCAUUGGCCAUGGAAUCUUACGGGCAGAACUGAGAGAUGAAGUUUACUGCCAAAUUUGUAAACAGCUGAGUAACAAUCCUUCAAAGUCUUCACAUGCACGGGGUUGGAUCCUCCUCUCCCUCUGUGUUGGGUGCUUUGCCCCUUCAGAGGACUUUGUCAAGUACCUUCUCUCCUUCAUCCGUGAAGGCCCUCCAGGGUAUGCUCCCUAUUGUGAGGAGAGACUAAGGAGAACUUUUGCUAAUGGCACCAGGAACCAGCCACCAAGCUGGUUGGAGUUGCAGGCAACCAAAUCCAAGAAGCCACUGAUGUUACCAAUCACCUUCAUGGAUGGAAACACCAGAACAUUGUAUGCAGACUCGGCAACAACUGCCCGUGAGCUCUGCAAUCAACUCUCAGACAAAAUAAGCCUUUGUGACCAGUUUGGCUUCUCCCUUUACAUUGCUUUGUUUGAUAAGGUGUCAUCACUGGGCAGUGGAGGAGACCAUGUCAUGGAUGCCAUCAGCCAGUGUGAGCAGUAUGCGAAGGAACAAGGUGCCCAGGAGAGGAAUGCCCCAUGGAGACUUUUCUUCCGCAAGGAGAUCUUUGCCCCCUGGCACGAUCCUACUGAGGACCCUGUGGCCACUGACCUCAUCUACCAGCAGGUUGUUCGUGGCGUCAAAUUUGGGGAGUACCGGUGUGAUAAGGAUGAGGACCUUGCCAUGAUUGCUGCUCAGCAGUACUAUAUAGAGUUUAGCACAGACAUGAACACAGACCGACUGUUCAACAACCUUCCAGGCUACAUCCCAGACUACUGCGUGUCUGCAGGAGAUAAAGCCAUUGACCGCUGGGCUAACUUGGUAGUUGCUGCAUACAGGAAGAGUUAUUAUGUUAAAGAGCGUGUCCAGUCCCUCAAGGUGAAGGAGGAUGUGGUCAGCUAUGCAAAAUUCAAAUGGCCUCUCUUAUUCUCCAGAUUCUAUGAAGCAUUUAGAUACUCUGGUCCAAACUUGCCCAAGAAUGAUGUCAUCAUUGCAGUGAACUGGACUGGUGUUUAUGUUGUAGAUGACCAAGAACAGGUUCUGCUGGAGUUGUCCUUCCCAGAGAUAACCACAGUAUCUUGUAACAAGACACAAAAAGUGUACACACAAACCUUUACUUUGUCAACCGUACGAGGUGAAGAGUUUACUUUCCAGAGUCCCAACAGUGAGGACAUUAGGGAUCUCGUGGUGUAUUUCCUUGAGGGGCUAAAGAAGCGUUCCAAGUUUGUCAUAGCACUGCAGGACUAUAAGGCUCUGGGUGAGAACUCUUCCUUCCUUACAUUCAAUAAGGGUGAUCUCAUCCUCCUGGAGGAGGACUCAUCAGGUGAGACUGUCAUCAAUGCUGGCUGGUGUGUUGGAAGAUGUGAACGAACAAAUGAAAGAGGUGACUUCCCAGCAGAAACAGUCUAUGUUCUUCCUGCAGUCACUAAGCCUCCACCGGAUAUUCUGGCACUGUUUACAGCCGAAGGUGCUGAACACGGUCGCAAGUUGUUCACUCCACAACUCAAUGGUAGUGACUCGCAGGAGAAACCCCACACGCUUGAGGAAUAUGCUCUUGAUCACUUUAGACCACCUCCCAAACGCACAGUGUCUCGCUCUAUCACCCUCGCAUCAGCUCGUCGACCCACUAACGAGUGCUUAUGGAAAUAUUCUAGAGAUCCAAUAAAGCAACCACUGUUGAAAAAAUUGCUGCACAAAGAGGAGCUUGCACAAGAGUCUGUUUAUGCAUUUAAUGCUGUGCUGAAGUACAUGGGAGACUUGCCAUCAAGGAGAAAUCGUCAGGGUAAUGACCUUACAGAUCAGAUCUUUGAUGGCCCUUUAAAACAUGAGAUCCUGCGGGAUGAGAUAUAUUGCCAAGUUAUGAAGCAGCUCACAGAAAACAGGAAUCGUCUGAGUGAGGAACGUGGCUGGGAACUUAUGUGGCUGGCUACUGGUCUCUUUGCCUGCUCUCAGAACCUUGUCAAGGAAUUGACACAAUUCUUGAGGACCAGACGACACCCUAUUGCACAAGACUCCCUCCAUAGGCUACAGAAGACACUUAAACAUGGACAACGUAAAUAUCCACCACAUCAGGUGGAGGUUGAGGCCAUCCACCACAAAACAACACAAAUCUUCCAUAAAGUUUACUUCCCGGAUGAUACCGAUGAAGCAUUUGAGGUUGACUCAUCAACCCGAGCCAAGGACUUCUGCUCAUCCAUUUCACACCGUCUUAAUCUCAAAAGCUCAGAAGGAUUCUCUCUGUUUGUAAAGAUUGCUGACAAAGUCAUUUCAGUACCUGAGGGAGAUUUCUUCUUUGAUUUUGUUCGACACCUCACAGACUGGAUCAAGAAGGCUCGACCAUCCAGAGAUGGUACCACACCUCACUUCACCUACCAAGUCUUCUUUAUGAAGAAACUCUGGACCAACACCAUACCUGGAAAAGACCGUAAUGCUGAUAUAAUUUUCCACUUUCACCAAGAGCUUCCCAAACUCCUGAGAGGCUAUCACCGGUGCACCAAAGAUGAGGCUGCCAGGUUGGCUGCCCUUGUGUACCGUGUUCGUUUUGCUGAGAGUAAACAGGAACUUUCCGUUAUCCCGAAUAUGCUGCGAGAUCUCAUACCAGCGGAUUUGGCGAAGUCACAAAGUACCAAUGAAUGGAAGCGAGUUAUAGUGCAACAUUAUAAUGGAGAUGCAGGCAUGAGUCCUGAGGAGGCCAAGAUUGCCUUCCUAAAAGUUAUAUAUCGGUGGCCCACGUUUGGCUCUGCAUUCUUCGAGGUGAAGCAGACGACUGAUCCCAACUACCCUGAACAUCUGCUCAUUGCCAUUAACAAACAAGGGGUUUCCCUCAUUCACCCAGUCUCUAAAGAAAUUCUCAUCACUAAUCCCUUCACAAGAAUCAGCAACUGGUCAUCUGGCAACACAUACUUCCAUAUGACAAUUGGUAACUUGGUGAGAGGCACCAAACUUCUCUGUGAGACAUCACUUGGCUACAAGAUGGAUGAUCUCCUUACCUCCUAUAUAUCUUUAAUGUUAACUAAUAUGAAUAAACAAAAAACCCUUCGGUUGAAAUAAAACUUCAAUAGCUCAACUAGGAAAAUUGUUUAAGGUUCUUUAAAUAUAUAUAUUUUAAUAGGACAGGCUCUAUGAAUGGAAUUAACGGCAUAAGGAAUACGAUACAUUCUCUUUAUAUGAAAUCCAAAUGAAUUUCAGUAGAAGGUCGAGAUGAAAGAAAGACAAAACCUUCGUUAAGAUGCCAGAUAAAUAUAAAGGUUAUUUAGAAUUCUCGGUACUUAUCUCAGAAUUAAAAUAACACUUAAUAGAACAUUGAAUUCUUAUUUGGGAUUAAUGUUGUACUAUUGUAGUCAAGAACAUAAUAAGCAAAAAUGAAGGUAAAUUUGGAAAUAUAUUCAUCCUGCAUAAAGUAUGUUGAUCUGGAUGAUUGUCCACUGACUCCAGAGGUAAUAUUUAAUAUUUAUGAUUAUUGCUGUUUGGGAACAUGAGGGGCCCCUUUGAUUAAUAAUUUUAUAUGUAUUUAUAUGAUUAAACAAAUGUAUACAGUAUUUUUUAUUAAUUAGGUUAAAUGAAUUUAAAAGGUAUGAUUGUAUAAAUGAAGACCUUUUAAAUUGUUACUAGUUUUUAGCAGAGAUGCUGUUUAUCACAGUUAUGGGACUGUCUUGGAAAAAAUCACUUUCAAAUUGUGUAUAUCAUUUCAGAGAAGCAAGGCAGGUGCUCUACAAGUUGCAAUUGCCGCCAUUAGCUGUGAUAUUCUGUGCCUUCCAUAAUCAAUGUGAUUAGCUUUAACAAUUGUAAACAGUUAAUGUAUAAAUUAUCACAUGUAGCAGAGCUGGAACUAAUCAGUGCUUUUUUUUCAUUUUUCAAACACAAACAUGUUAGUGUGGAAGAACUUUCACAAAUUUGGUUCAUAAAGUGUGUUUUUUAUUUAAUAUCUUAUGUUGGGUAUUGUUAAGUUUGUAUAAAAGAGAUCCUGUGUAAAAUUAAGAAGAUUUCUAUGGUUGUAUAUUUCAAUACAUCACUAACUAGGGCACAAGAUGUACGUCACCUACCAUUGUAUGUGUUGUAUCACUUCUCUAAAUCUUUAUACUGUAUAUUAUAAAAGUACAGUAUACAGAAUGAGGUUGCAGUUUUCAAUAAACCAAAUAGUGAAUGUAAUGCAAUUUAACACAUUAAGUGGAAGUUUUAUUUAUUUGUUGUACAUAUGUUGUAUACAGUAUUGGGCCAUGCAAAAUGUUUUUCCUAUGCAUGUUUUGUUUGAAGUAUUAUUUUUGCCACUUAAUUUAUGCAGUAUAUUACUUGGGGGAAAAGAAAACUAUUUUCUCAAAAUGCUUGUCUUUUUUUUUUUCCUAUAUACAGAUGAAGUCUUCACCAAAUAUAGACCUUGAGGCUAAUGGAACAGCAUUUUGCUUUUGUUUAUAUGUUAAUGCAUUGUCACAAAGUGUAGGGAGACAGUAGAGGUAUUAUUUGUGAAAAGUACAGUAGAAGAUUUAUAGUACCAGAUCAUACAAAUAUGGGUAUACCAUGUCAGAAGAAACCUGUGCCUUAUCAAGUUUGUUCUUGCCAAGGCUGUGUUUAAGUGUCACCCAGUCAGUUAGUGGUCAGACUCAAUGGUGCUUAACUGACUGAGUAAUGUACACAUCAUCCACAGUAUCACACCAAUAAAUGACUCCUAGCUUUUAGAUAUGCAAGUAUCACUAGUAGAUUCAUCCCUGGGUUGUAGUUUGUAGGAGCAGAUGCUAAACAUUAUUUUUAUAGGGAGACAUAAGUGAUUAAUCUUCUGUCUCACCAUCUGCAGAGUAUGUAUUUUUGUUGUCAAUUCAGUUAUUUACAGCAAUGUAUGUAAAUAUAGACCCUACAUUCAACAGUGUCAGCAACAUUAUAUAGUCAGGCAACAUACCUUUACACUUUAAAUAUUGCCACACCAGACUUGGAUGAGAGAGGCAAUGCUGUAUAGUCCUUGUGGCUUAGCGCUUCUUUUUGAUUAUAAUUAUAAUAAUGAGAGAGGCAAUGUUGUCUUGGACAAAGUGAUGUCAUUGGGUAUUGAGCUUCAGCCACAUUAAAGACAAAAUUAUAAUUUUUCACAAUUCAAUUUCACCUUAAGAAACUGUCCAUCAAAUAUCAUGGGUAGCAGAGCAAAAUGUCAUAGCCUGAGGGCAUCUUGCCAUUUUAAAAGCCGAUUGAGCCCUGGAGGUGGUGCUGUCUUGGGUGAUGUGAAGCUGCUGGACAGUGGGUCAGUACCCACUGAAGGUGGUGCUAUCUUGGAUGCUGUGAAGCUGCUGGACAGUGGGUCAGUACCCACUGAAGGUGGUGCUAUCUUGGAUGCUGUGAAGCUGCUGGACAGUGGGUCAGUACCCACUGAAGGUGGUGCUAUCUUGGAUGGUGUGAAGCUGCUGGACAGUGGGUCAGUACCCAUUGAAGGUGGUGAGGUGCUACCACAUUGUACAUUUUCUUACAGCAGUGGUGAAAGUUAACAAACUUGCACCCUAGAGUUACUCUCUUUACCCUGUAUUGGUUGUUUUAAUCAGGUGUGGUAGCUACUGAGUUGUUGUUCAGGAACUAUUUUGGGCAAAGGAAUGUAAAUAUUUUUGUAUAUACAAUAUGUACUACUUGUCUUGUGUACAGUAUGGUGAUAUGUAGUGACAAAGUAUGUGUAGGUGCUAAAACUGAACACAGAACUUUAGAUUCUUGGAAAUGUGGGCUCUGAUAAGGUAUUAACUCAUGCUACCAUACAAGAUGACUUUCCUGGAUAACAUAUAAAUUAGUGAACAAGUAGCUUUAUUAAAAGCUUACCUGAAAAAUAUUUGUUUUGAAAAUUAAUGUGUGACUAAUGAGUAAAGCUGUUUGUAUUAAUUUCAUUACACAUUUGUUAUUGCCUGUUUGUAGCUACAGGAGUAAAACUCAGCUCAGUGGUGUAUCAUCUUCAGUAUUUAGUCAGUUGCUUUGUACACAUUAGUGGUGGGGAUCAUAAAUCAUGGCUAACUGAUUUAUUAAACUUUACAGCUGAUCAAACAAUAUAUCAGAAUGAUAUAAUACAUAUUGUUUUAUAGGUUUGCACAAUACUGAAAAUAAAGUGAUGACAUUAUUAGCACUUCAGAGGGAAACUUCACCCUAGAACAUAUACUUGUGUGUGAGAGAAGCCUUUUAAGGGUCUAUAUUUGCUGGUUCAUCAAGAGGCAAACGUAGAAUUUUUUUUUUUGUUUAUAAUUCAUGCUGACCAUGGUACAGGUGGGGUUUGAAUCCAUGGUGAAAGAAUCAUAAAACUCCAGGCCAGUGCAUAAGCCUCUCUGCCAACUGGCUUAUGCACUGGCCUGGAGUUUUAUGACUUGCUCGCCAUGGGUUCAAACCCCACCCAUACUGUGGUUUGUUUGCAAUAGUGUUAUUAUGAUUUUGUGAGUCAAUUCAUGUUGGUUUGACCAAGAAUUGCAGGAUUGUAAUUGUUUAAAUUAUAGUCCUAAGCAAAAUUGUUCUAAAUAAUGUUGUGUAAUUAUUUUGUAAUAAUAUACAAUUUAAGAUUCUUAGCAUUGGCCAUUUGCUUUAUACAGUAUCUGUUGUGUAUAAUUGUUGAAUAUAUGAGACAGAAUUACAUAAUUCUAAAAAUA